GACAUUCUUCCAGUUUAUUUUUUAUAGAGAAAAAGACUCACUAUGAGGUAAACAGAUGUUCUCAGUGUCUAGAUAGCAUUCAACAUCUUUCACAUUCAAUAUCCAUCUAAAUUAUAACUGCGACCAUAAGCUGAAAAUUACACUUAAGUUCACAUAGCAAGCGCACUUUAUCACGCGCGCAUUGAAGCGUCCUCGCGCACACUGGGCGUGUUGACAUUAUUUUGCGCGAUAUUUUACGCGACCUGUAAUUUGUCGAAUUGACUGCAGUUGUGUCGAUGUGGAGGCGUUUGAGAUGAACCCUUUCUUCACUACAGAACAUACAUAAGGCCUACAGCUUAACAGUCCUGCACCCAAUGGGUUGCUUGUUUAGGAGGCUCAUACAAGGAGGACAUCAUGAAUCUGAACGAGAAGAAGCCCAACAAGUGGUGGACUGAACCUGACACGUUCACCAUGUUGGCACUCAUAGAGCGGAUGGGUCUGGUCCACGAGCUGGAUAAGAAGCGCCAGCGCAACGAGUCCCUCUUCCGUCGUCUCCGGCUGAGCCUCGCCAAACGCGGCAUCCACUUCACCGUCACCCAGAUCCGAAACCGCUGGAAAAGCCUUAAACACAAAUAUAGAAAGAUCAAACUGGCGAGCUACCGAAGUCCCACGGCGCGCCUGUCUGCCAUUGAGUCUUUCAGAUAUUUUCACAUGCUGGAUCACAUGUUGGUGCGCAGACCCAAUGCUGAAAACGAGGAUGAGCUCGCAGACGAUCACGUUGGACGAUCGCUCGCUGACCUGGAUCACCACACAGAUAGUUCAUGGCUUGAAAGCGUCAUCCCUAAAUCUGAUCAUGAGAACAUGGCGUCUAAUUUGGAAACCGAUGUGGAGGAGAGUGGGAAUCCAGAAGAUUUGGCAAACUCUGAACCUCCGAGCUGGGCUGUGGGACCAGAUGAAGUUAUGACUCUUGGCUUGUCAGGAGAAUAUCUCUAUGCAGUGAAGAAUUUACCACCAUCUCUAUGCAAUCCCAACAGUACAGAAAGUACAGUAGAGGCCGCUGACUGCAGCCAGGAUGAUUAUCCAGCGGGAACUUCACAGGACACCAGCAGCCUCAUUCUACAGCAGCUCACCGUCUUAAACCACCAGCUUGGAGAACAGCUGGCAGAACAAAAAGCCUUCCAUUGCACCAUGCUGGGAAUGAUGGAUCGCCAGAUACAGGUCCUGGAGCAGCUCUCCAACUUCACCAGAAACCACCAACCUAAACCCGAAUCCACUGAGACGGACUCCUCCAUCAGUCAGAAAGUACAUGAAGCCCUGCUGCGAAUCCUGGGGCAGACUCAAACGCAAACACUUCAGCCAUGUUCGGCCCUUUCCCCCAUACCUAAGACAGAACCUUCACCUUCCUCCUGGAAGGUCUCUGUUUUGGACGUUCACAAGAGGUCACCCUCGAUUGAGGUGGAGUUGGGCAAUGAGACUCCGCAAACUACAGAGGAGUGCAAAAACUGCCCCUCCAGUCCACCUUCUUUAGAGCUUUCAUCUUUAACCAAGAACAAUGUUUUGCAGAAUGGAUUGUGUAAUCACAAUUGAAUGCUACUUAUUUGGGACUCUUUAUCCUUUUAUCAAUAGGAAGAGAUUACAGAUGUUUCAAGAGUUAAUGUCUAAAGAUCUUUGCACACCUAGUCUGAAAUUUGCACACGUUAAAAAAUAAAUACGACCUCAUGUUGUGUCAAUCAUGGACACACUGCCUCCAAAACGUUUGUACAUUCUAAAUAAAUCGGAUCAGGCGUUACAUUUUCUCUAUUUUUCGCAUCAGAAGCAAGCAUUUUGAGAGGUGUUUGACAAUUCAGAGCCACAGUAAAAGCGAACACCAAAAUCCAGAAUGCCAUUUGACAACUUGAUCCAGUUUGUCUCACAGACAAAGAAAGUGCAGAAUACAAAGAGCGACAAAUUGAAAGUCAAAGUGACUUGAUUGUCAAGUAUGGUAGCCCAUACUCAAAAUGUGACCUCUGCAUUUGUCUUAUCCCAGUAAGUAGGGAAAUCACACACUGCAGCAUCCGGAUGGAAUUGGGAAUAGACCCUUUUACAGUUGGUAAACAAUGUGACGUAUUUGUGUGGGCGGGGCUUAGCUGGAGGCUGAAAGAUUCCCUUCAACGCUUUAACAGACGGUAGCUAGCGAGUUUUCUUAGCUUUAACCAUAGCUGUCGUCAUUUUUUUGUCUGGCAAUGGCAGCAGGUAUCCGAUAAAACUUCAAAUUGCCUGUUCUUCGUCGAUUCUGGCAACCAACAACACAACAACCCAACAUUUUAAAAGCUCCUUGUGUAGCCGACCCUGUGUUGGUUCGACCCCGCCUCCAGUAAGUUUUCCGUUUGAUUUGCCUCCAGCUAGCGCCGUGACGUAUCUGUGACGUCCGCGCAAAAGGGGUCUAUAAGGGCACGUUAUAGUUGUGCAUAGGUCCUACAGGUUCCACGUCGAUUUUUGACCUGCAAACACACGGCUGGUAGGCAGUGUCAACACGUGUAGCCACAGUAGCAGCACGGCCGUCAAUGAAGAAGCAGCUUUGGAAGUUAAUCCACAAACAAAAAAGAAACAGCAACUUGUUGUGUAUAAUUUGAGAAGACCAGCAAUUAUGGAAGUAAAUAAACAGCGACUUUUGUUGCAGUUUAAGUUAAAUCACUCCUCAACUUGGCUCAUCUUUGUUUUCACCAUCGCAAACGGAAAUACCUAUGACGCAGUUUUUUUAUAUGACGGGAGGGGUUUUGGUGGACCAAUCACAGCGCUUGCGGUCCGCGCAGAACUGACGCGCUGUAAAAAAAUUUUGCGAGGUGCACGUCAGGCUACGGAUAACCUACGAGCUUACGCACAACUAUAAAUCGGGCUUAAGGUGCCUUGCUCAGGGGCUCCUCAGUUGCGACCUGCCGGCCGUGAGACUCGAACCGGCAACCUUCGGGUACCAAAGAUUAUACAGUUUUGUGCUCAAGUUAACUAAACAAAAGCUUUUUGCUAAUUUUAGUCAUUCAUUCGUAGUGAAUUGCGUUAACGAUAUGAAGACUCCAUUUUGUAUUUUUAUGCAAAUUUUUCCGCAAUCAAUUAAUUAAUAUGUGUCAGUGUGAAAAUUCGUCAUGCACAGAAACCUUUGUGGCAAAAACGAAAAUUUCGGACUUCAGUGUGCAAAGAUCUUAAAGAUGCAACAUCUGAAACAUCAAUGUCCAUUGUUGAGUUUGGCAGACUGUUGACAUCUACAUUUAGCACUUUUUCAGUUUUCGUAGGAAAGUAUUCAACGUUCUGAUGUUUUAAUCAGUGAUACUUUGGGGAAAUAUAACAGUAGACUUAUUUAUUGUUUUGAUUGCUAAGUAACAGUUGAUCUGAAUCUUAGAUGACAAGUAACUUUGAUGUUUAGGAAUUGCAGUUCAGACAAAGAAAGCUGUUUGUCUGUAAUCAUGUCUCAAAGUCUAGAGAAAAAAAUAUAGCGAUCUUUAUUAAGAUUGAAGUCGCAAAGCUGUGUAAAAGUUUAAAUUCUUCCAAUUAGGUUUGGGAUUAUUUUUCUCCAGGGACACACUAAUGUACAAGUUUAUGACUGAUUUUAAACUGUAACAUAUGUGGUUUAGUAUUAACUUUAUUAGCCUGUUAAUUUGAUAAAUCAGUAAUUGCUUGCCUCUGAUCAUAAACUAAUAGUCAUCUUAAUAUUUGGAAUAAUGUUAAGAUGCUCUUUUUCUCUGAAAGCAGGAUAGUCCAGGGUUGUUUUAAAUGGGGUUUAUCAAAACUAGUUUUGGCAUAUGGAAUCAUUUGUUUAUUUUCCUCACUAUGUAGGAUGAAUUGCCCUAAUGUGGGAUAUUUUUUGAAUUUCACACUUUAAUUUGCUCCCUAUUUGAUGAUUGCUCCACCCUCACAUAUUGUCACUGAACAUAUGAGAGGUCAUUUUAUUUUGUUAUUUUUUUUGUGAUCCCAUAGUACUUGCAUUCAUGUAUUUUGGGGGGACCUACAAACAAUAGACCUUAGGUGUCCCACAUUAGGCUGUGUCUCACUUUAGGGCAAUUCACUCCAAGUAUGACUCAAUUUGCCCACCAAAUCUGGGCUUUGAAAAGGUAACAUAUGCAGUAUAUUAUUUUAAAUGCAGCUGCUAUGUUUUGUGUUUGAAUGAUAAAAGUUGUAUCAAUGAAAAGUUGAUUUUGAUGCUUCCCAUUUACAAUUUUAUGAAUUUGUGACCGUGUCUGUGUGAUCCAGGUUAUAGUCUUAUAAUCAUAUGAUGAGGUUAUCAACAUUUGAUUUCACAUUGAU